AUGCCCGAGUAUACUGAAUUUUUAACAACUGAAAAGUUUGAUGGGUUUGAAGACCCAGUCAAGUACGAAAAGGAAUGGUUGCCUAAAGUCAUAGCUUAUCGUGAGGCUCUUGCAAGAGCCAUUGAUCCAAAGUAUGCAAUUGACUUACCCAAACCCAUUGAACAAUUAGUCGAUGACCAAUUCAAUUCUCUUGAUUAUCUAUACAAGAGUAAUUUGCUUACAUCUGAGGAAUUGGCCAUCACUGAGACGUCAGCUACUGAAUUACAGAAGCAGCUUGCUUCUGGUUCCUUAACUGCCGUGUCUGUGUAUUUGGCUUAUGCUAAGAGAGCAGUGAUUUGUCAUCAACUUACCAACAGUGCUAUGGAAUUGUUCACCGACGAAGGCUACGAAAGAGCUAAAGAGUUGGAUAAAUAUUUUGCCGAAACCGGCGGUCAAGUGGUUGGUCCUAUGCAUGGGUUACCCAUCUCUCUUAAGGAGCAUUAUGCAUACCGUAAUAAGGUUACCCACGCCAGUAUGGUUGCUUGGGUUGAUAACGUUACACCCGAACAUUGCGUAACUAUUCAAGUGUUAGAGGACUUGGGGGCUGUGUUUUAUGUUCGUACCAACCAACCGCAAACGUUGAUGCAUCUAGACUCCAACAAUAACUUCACUGGCUUGACGAGAAAUCCCUUCAACAUGAAGUUGUCCAGUGGAGGCUCGUCAUCUGGGGAGGGAGCCAUUGUUGCCUUUGGUGGGUCCACGAUGGGAAUUGGAUCUGAUAUUGGAGGUUCUAUUAGAUCUCCAGCAGCCUUCUCGGGGUGCUUUGGACUAAGACCUACUUCUAAUAGAGUGUCGCUUGCGGGUGCUGUUGCGACGAUUUCAGGUCAAGAGUCAGUUCUCGGAGUGUGUGGACCUCUUGCUAGAUCUGUUGAAGACAUUGACUUUUGGAUGAAACACUAUUUGAACAAUGGUAAGCCUUGGGACUUGGAUGGAACACUUGUACGGAUGCCAUGGAGAGAAUUACCCGCUCCUUCUGUUUCCGGGUUGACUAUUGGUGUAAUAUGGGACGAUGGGUUAGUGCACCCAACUCCACCUAUCACCAGGGGAUUGAAGGAGGUUGUUAAUAAGUUGACCAAAGCUGGAGCCAAAAUCAUUGACUUCAAACCCAUGAAGACCAAGCUUGCUUAUGAGACGGUCCACAAAAUGUAUAACUGUGAUGGUAAUGCUCUGAAUAAGCGGGUCCUUGGAACUUCUGGUGAACCAUUGACCAAAUUGACCAAAUGGUCUUUGAACUAUGGUGAUGGUUCUAGAGAGUACUCUACUACCGAGAACCGUGAGUUGAAUUACAUCAGAGACAACUUAAGAUUGGAAUACACAAAAUACAUGGUGGAUAACAAAAUCGACUUUCUUAUUUCUCCAACCUACUGCAACGUUGCUCCAGUUAGUGAAUGUGUAUACAGUUGGUCUUAUACUUCGUUGUUCAACAUUUUGGACUUCCCUACACUUGUUUUCCAAACCGGGUUGUUCCUGGACAGUGAGAUCGACAAAUGGGACGACACGUUCAAAGAUUAUCAAUUCAGAUCUGAGUUGGAGAAGUUGGAGUUAGAGCAAUAUGAUCCUCAAACGUUUUCUGGUGCCCCAAUUGGGUUACAAUUAACCAGUAGAAGAUAUCACGAUGAAGAAGUUGUUGCUGCUGGUAAAGCAAUUGUUGAAUUACUUGGCGUAUCCCUUUACAAAAAGUAA